CGCGCUUCUGCGCGCGACCAGGCCCUGCCAUGCGCGCGCGGCAAGAGGAGAGGAAGCGCAGCCGAGCAUCUUUACUCGCCGAGCAGCAACUAUCGCUCUGUAUUACGGUGAUACCGCCGUGGAUGGGGGAAAAAAAAGCCCGUGCAGCUGACUUUUUCGCCAGGAUAUUGUGCAGCAUGACCGGAAUGGAAUGACGAUGGGAUGGAUUUGAAUAUGGGCCAGUGGGCAGGCAUGCGUGCCCCUCUGCUCGGCCUUGUCUUCCUGCUGCUGUUUCUCUUCAAGCCACCACCCUGCUGCGGACAGAACACCCAAGGGGCCUCUCUGAAUUCACCUCAUUUUGACUUCACUCAGCCGGUGUACCAUGCCACAGUCUACGAAAACUCAGCUGCUCGCACCUAUGCCAACAGUAAAAUUAAAAUGGGCAUCCACCUGGCCCUGCGGUCCUGGGAGAUACGCUACAGAAUCACAUCAGGAGAUGAUGAGGGGUUUUUCAAAGCUGAGGAGUAUGUGCUGGGCGACUUCUGCUUUUUGCGCAUAAGAACUAAAGGUGGAAAUGCUGCCAUCUUAAACAGAGAAAUUCAGGACAACUAUGUUUUGACAGUCAAAGCCUCCAUUAAGGGAGAUGCGGUCAUGGAGACCUGGACUAAAAUCAGCAUCCAAGUCUUGGACAUGAAUGACCUGCGGCCUCUUUUUUCCCCUACCACGUACUCUGUGACCAUAGCAGAAAGCACUCCUCUCAGAACUAGCAUAGCACAAGUUACAGCUACAGAUGCAGACACUGGCUCCAAUGGGGAGUUUUACUAUUUUUUCAAGGAAAAAAUGGAGCUGUUUGCAGUGCAUCCAACUAGUGGAGUAGUUUCCCUCAGUGGAAAGCUCAAUGUUGAGGAGCAAAACCGUUACGACUUAGAAAUACUGGCAGUGGACCGAGGCAUGAAGCUUUAUGGAAAUAAUGGGGUCAGCAGCACGGCCAAGCUCUUUGUCCACAUUGAGCGCGUAAAUAUGCAUGCGCCACUCAUAAACGUGAUUGCCCACCACCCCUCUUGGCUUGACAGGAACUCAGUAUUUGCCAUUGUCACUGUACAAGAUCCAGAUGAGGGUAUAAAUGGGUAUAUAGACUCAGUGGUUAUUGUUGGUGGGGACCCUUCUAACCAGUUUUUCAUUGAAAGAUCUAAUGAAAGGGAAUUUGCCAUAAAAGCUUCUGAGACAAUAAAUUGGGAGACUUAUCCAUAUGGCUGUAACCUCACAUUGCAAGCCAAAGAUAGAGGAAACCCAGCAAAGUUUUCUGCUGUCAAAGUUGUCUACGUUGCAGUUAAAAAACAACCGACAUUGGAUGUAAAGUUUGAGCAAGACAUUUAUGAUGUUAGUCUGAGCGAAAUUGCACCGCCAGGCACAAUUGUACAGGCUGUAAAAAUAACACCAGAACCAGAUGAUGCAGAAUAUAUAUUGACACCUUCUGCAGAUUCUCAAUUUUUUCAAAUAAAUACCUUAACAGGUGUCAUCUCCACCAUUGGCUGGUUCACCCAGAUGACUCAGAGUGUCUUUAACCUUGAAGUUUUGGAAAUAGAUAGCGAGCUCAAAGUGAAAGUGCAGAUUUCUAUUGUGGAUGCCAAUGACAAUACCCCAACAUUUUCUCAGUCCUCUUAUGAGGUUUUUGUCAACGAGAGUGUACCAGUUGGGACCACUGUCUUAACAGUUUCUGCGAUGGAUGUAGAUAGAGGAGAAAACGGAUAUAUAACUUUUAGUAUUUCUAGUCUUGUGCCGUUGCCAUUCCAAAUCAAUCAGUUUUCUGGUAUCAUCAGUACAACAAAAAAGUUGGACUUUGAGUCAUCUUCAGAGACAUUUGUGUUUGUUGUCAGAGCAUCCGACUGGGGCUCACCCUAUAGACGAGAGAGUGAAGUGAAUGUUACUAUUCACCUCGAGAAUGUAAAUGACAACCAGCCCUUAUUUGAGAAGGUAGCAUGUCGGGGUGUGAUCUCCACAGAUUUCCCAAUGGAUGAAGUAAUAACCACAAUGUCUGCAAUCGAUAUAGACGAGUUAGAUCUAGUUAAAUAUAAGAUCAUUUCAGGGAACGAACGGGGGUACUUUGACCUUAACCCUGAUUCUGGAAUCCUUGCACUGAGACGCCCCCUGGGUACAGCCAGUCCAAAGAACGGUGUCUUCAGUCUCAAAAUAACUGCCACAGAUGGUGAGAAUUUUUCCGAACCCACGUUUGUAAACAUUUCACUUGUCAAUGGGAAAUCUCCGCCCAAAGAUUUUGACUGCAAAGAGACGAGAGUAGCUCAAAAGUUGGCUGAAAAAUUACUCAAAAAGUCAAAAACAAGCACCAAGCCCAAAAUAGAGGAGGGGUUUAUUGACCUUUUUUCUGUCAACCGUCAAAUGCCGCUGUUUGAAAGAUCUUUUCCCACUGAUAUCUCUGUAGCAGAAGACCUAAAACUUGGCUCGAGUGUUUUCCAGGUAAAAGCCUAUGAUGGUGACACAGGUUUCAAUGGUCAGAUUAUUUACUCUAUUUCAGAUGGGAAUAUUGACAACUGUUUUCAAAUGGACAUGGAGACUGGUCUUAUUCGUGUCUUCCUUCCCAUGGACAGAGAAAAGAGAGAUCGUUAUCUUCUCAACAUCACUAUCUAUGACCUUGGCCUGCCACAGAAAUCUGCUUGGCGUUUGCUUACUAUCUACAUCCUGGAUGCGAAUGAUAAUGCACCACAAUUUUUGCAAGAAGGAGGUUACAGGAUUUCCAUACCUGAAAACACUGCCAUCGGGACAGAUGUCAUUCAAGUGGAGGCCACUGACAAAGAUCUUGGACUAAAUGGAGAACUCAUAUACUCUUUUUUGACCAGCAUCACACAGUUUGGUAUCAACUCCACUAAUGGCAUCGUAUAUGUUGCUGGGCAACUUGAUAGGGAGUUUGCCUCUUCUUUUAAUUUGAAGAUUGAGGCUAGGGACAAGGCAGAGAAAGGUAAACAGAGAUUUUCUAUAACCUCAUUACAAGUCAUAUUGGAAGAUGUGAAUGACUGCCCCCCACUCUUUAUUCCAAGUGUGUACAAAGCCAGAGCUCUAGAGGAUCUCCCAGUUGGAACUGUUGUGGCCUGGUUAGAAACCCAAGACCCAGAUUUGGGUUUGGGGGGCCAGGUCCGCUACUCUUUAGCCAGUGACUACAAUGAAUGGUUUGACAUAGACAAAGCAAGUGGAGCUAUCCGUUUGACCAAGGAGUUGGACUAUGAGACACAGCAGUUCUACAACCUUACUGUUAGGGCCAAAGACAAAGGAAAACCAGUAUCUCUUCUCUCUGUCACUUAUGUGGAAGUGGAGGUCCUUGACGUGAAUGAAAACCUCUACGCGCCAUACUUUUCCCAGUUUGCCUUGUCAGGAUUAAUUAAAGAGAAUGCACGGAUUGGAACUACCCUUCUACAAGUCAGCGCAAAUGAUGAAGACGAUGGCAGGGAUGGAGAAAUCCAAUACUCCAUUCGUGAUGGGAGUGGGCUUGGACGAUUUGCCAUUGAUGAAGAAACAGGGGUGAUCUAUACGACAGACGUGCUCGAUCGUGAGACCAAAGACUCCUAUUGGCUGACAGUGUAUGCCAGCGACCACGGGGUCGUCCCACAGUUCGCCACGAUUGAAGUAUUCAUCCAUGUAGAGGAUGUAAACGACAAUGCCCCCUUGACGUCUGAACCGCUGUACCGACCAUCAAUACCAGAGAACUCUCCUCGUGAUGUUUCUGUGGUCCAGAUCCAAGCCCAAGAUCCUGACUCUACACCGCCCUCAUCUACUGAAAGGCUCAACUUCCGCAUCAUCAGUGGAAACCCACAAAAUUUCUUCACUAUCAACACUCGAACUGGUCUGAUCACAACAACCUCCAGGAAACUGGACCGUGAACAACAAACAGAACACGUUUUAGAGGUAUUAAUCUCAGAUGGUGGGACCAAUCCAAUGCAGAGUACAGUGUGGGUGAUGGUGCAGGUCCUAGAUGAAAAUGACAACAAACCAACGUUUCCAGAGAAGGUCUACCAGGUCAAGCUCCCAGAGAGGGGGAGGAGAAAAAAGGGAGAGCCUAUAUAUCGUGUGUUUGCCUAUGACCGUGAUGAUGGACCCAACAGCGACCUUUCUUAUAGCAUUGUGGAUGGCAAUGAGGAUGGCAAGUUCUUUAUUGACACGAAAACUGCAGUGGUGUCAUCUCGGAAGGCCUUCAAUGCUGGGAGCUAUGAUAUCCUGACAAUCAAGGCAACAGACAACGGUCGUCCUCAGAAGUCAUCUACGGCUCGCCUCCACAUCGAGUGGAUCCAUCGUCCUCCCACAGCUCUGCCACCACUGUUUGAUGAGCCUUUCUACAAUUUUACUGUGAUGGAAAAUGACAAAGUGGCAGAGAUUGUCGGUGUAGUCUCCAUGCAGCGGAGCUCAGCCCCCUUAUGGUUUGACAUCACAGGUCCCAGGUCUUUCCUGGGGAUGUUUAUUAUUCUACAGAGCACUUGCAACAGGAACUGUUCUUCAGAAGGUGGGAAUACAGACCAUGUGUUUGCUGUCGAGAAGGCGAUGGGGACCAUCAUCAUUGCCAAGCCUCUGGAUGCUGAACAAUGCUCCUUCUACAACAUAACAGUGCAAGCUACAGACGGCAUCCACAUUGCCUACACACAGGUUCACAUCACGGUUACUGACAACAAUGACAACGAUCCCAUCUUCUCCCAGCCAUCGUAUGAGGUGAAAAUUUCAGAGGACACACCUCCUGACACUAAGGUCUUUCAGGUCCUAGCCACGGACCGGGAUGAGUACCAUCGGCUGAGCUACUCUUUGCAGAGCUCCAUAGACCCAAACAGCAUGCGUCUAUUCCGCAUUCAUCCCACAAUGGGCACCAUCUACACAACCCAGAGUUUGGACCAUGAAGCUUGUGCACAGCACAUCUUUACUGUCAUGGUAAAAGACCAAGAGUUCCCCUAUCGUAAGAACCUGGCUCGUGUGCUAGUCGAGGUGGACGAUAUAAAUGACCAUGUACCGAUCUUCACGAGUGCUAUGUAUGAGGGUUCCGUUUAUGAGUCAGCAGCAGUGGGAUCUGCUGUUGUCCAAGUGACUGCCCUGGAUAAAGACAAUGGCAAGAAUGCAGAGCUACUCUAUUCCAUUGAAUCAGGGAACCAUGAAAAUUCAUUUCAUAUUGAGCCAGUCUUGGGAAUCAUUACUGUUGCACGUGACCUUGACUUGUCUAGUAUAGGCCACUACAUACUCACAGUCAGAGCGACAGACAAUGGAUCCCCCUCCCUGUCCACAACCACUAUAGUACGUAUUGCUGUCACCAUCUCAAAUAACGCAGGCCCAAAGUUCCCUCAGCCUGAGUACCAAGCCGAUAUCACAGAAAACAUGGCAGUUGGUACCUCUGUCACCACAGUAAGUGCAGUCAGUCAGUCCACUGUCACAUAUGAUAUCAAACAAGGCAACGCAGAUCGAAUUUUUCAGAUAAACCAGUACAGUGGAGUUAUUACAACUCAGAAGCUCCUGGAUUACGAGACAAGAGCAUCUUAUACUCUUACAGUGCAGGCUACAAAUAUGGCAGGCCUGACCACCAACGCAACUCUUCUCAUCCAAGUCUUGGAUGAAAAUGAUAACCCACCAGUGUUCAAGGAACUUCACUAUCAUGGCAGAAUCAGCGAAGCUGCACCAGUCAACAGUAUCGUCUUAAACGCAGAAGAUUCUCCUCUUGUAAUCAAGGCCACUGAUGCUGACCAGAACCAGAAUGCUCUGCUCAUUUACCAAAUAGUUGAGGACAAAGCAAAAAUGUUCUUCACAGUGGACUCGGGGACAGGCUCCAUCAGAACUAUUGCAAAUCUAGACCAUGAGACAUUUUUCACCUUUCACUUCCAUGUUCAAGUCAGGGAUAAUGGCAGGCCACAGAUGACUGCAGAAAGCCCAACUGAGGUCACGGUACAAGUGAUAGACACAAAUGAUUCACCGCCUCGUUUCACCCAGAGUGCGUAUGAAAUAGUAUUGCUUCUACCCACCUAUGUAGGAGUGGAAGCUCUGCGCGUCUCAGCCGUAGACCCAGACAAAGAUAUCCCUACAGAACUCUCUUACUCUCUAACAGAUGGAGCACUGGAACAUUUUUCCAUUAGACCUUCCAAUGGAAUCAUAAUCGUCAAAAACAAUAACUUUUCCAAAGAACGGUUUCGCUUCAGCGUCAAAGUCUCAGAUGGGAAAUUCUCCAACACAGCUCUGGUGACUAUUGUUGUUCGAGAAGCUCUGGAUUCUGGUCUCAGCUUCACUAAUAACCUUUAUACUUCCGCGAUUAAAGAAAAUGUAUCAAAUAUCACCAAGGUGGCUGUUGUUAAUGCUGUGGGAAACCGUCUUAAUGAACCAUUGAAGUACAAGUUGUUGAAUCCUGGUAAACAUUUUAAAAUCCGUCCAACUUCUGGCGUGAUACAGACCACAGGUUUAGCCUUUGAUCGCGAAGAGCAAGAAUUCUAUGAACUGGUUGUUGAGGCAAGAAGGGAGCACGACCUUUUGCAUGUAGCGAGAGUUCUGGUGAAAGUCCAGGUGGAAGACAUUAAUGACAAUGCCCCAAUAUUUGUUGGACUUCCUUAUUAUGCAGCUGUUCAAGUGGAAGCUGAGCCAGGAUCACACAUUUUCAAAGUCAUGGCAGUUGAUAGGGAUAAAGGAAUUAACGGAGAGGUGUCUUACUAUCUUAAGGAUGACCAUGAUCACUUUGAAAUUAAUCAGCAAACAGGAAGUGUUAUGCUCAAGAGGGCCUUUGAAUCUGACGUGUCCAAUAUGGAAUAUAUGAUGGUGAUAUAUGCCAGUGAUGGUGGUUAUCCACCGCUCUCCUCCACUAUAGAGUUUCCUAUUAUUGUUGUCAACAAAGCCAUGCCUGUCUUUGACAAAUCGUUUUAUUCUGUUUCUGUUAAUGAGGAUGUGGCUGUGCAUACUCCUAUUCUUGGCAUCAAUGCAACUAGUCCCGAAGGUCAGCAUAUCUUCUACACAAUCGUUGAUGGAGAUCCGUCUCUUCUGUUUGACAUUGGUUUUGACACUGGAGUCAUAAGUGUUGUCCAUUCUUUGGACUAUGAAACAGCAUCAUACUACCAUCUGACCAUCAGAGCAACAGACUAUUUGACUGGGGCCCGUGCUGAGGUUGACGUGAAUGUGGCUGUUCAGGAUGUUAAUGACAAUGGACCCAUGUUCCAGAAAAUGUCAUACUCUGUAGUUUUAUCGGAAACAGCCAUGAUUGGGACACCGGCUCUUCAGGUUGUUGCCACUGACAAAGACUCUGACAAGAAUAAUGUUGUCCUUUACCAAAUCUUCUCAGAUACACACAACAACACAGACUACUUUCAUAUUGACAGCAGUAGUGGACUAAUUUUGACUGCCCGUAUGCUGGACUAUGAACUAGUCCAGAAGUAUGACUUCAUUGUCAGAGCAACUGAUAAUGGCUUUCCACCGUUAAGUAGUGAGGUGUUUGUCAGAGUUGUGGUGAAUGACACAAAUGACAAUCCUCCGGUUUUCAACCAGCUUCUGUAUGAGGCCCAUGUGAAUGAGUUAGCACCAAAGGGUCAAUUUGUUACCUGUGUCCAAGCCUCGGAUGCUGACAGUUCUGACUUUGACAAGCUGGAAUACAGUAUUUUGUCAGGAAAUGAAAGAAUGAACUUUGUGAUGGAAAAAAAGACGGGAAUUAUCACAUUCUCCAGCAACAAUAAACAAAGGAUGGAGCCAGUUUACAGUCUUAAUGUUUCAGUGUCAGACGGCGUCUUCACCAACACUGCACAAGUUCAUGUUAAUGUGUUGGCAGCCAAUUUGUAUAGCCCCAUCUUUGGCCAGAAUGUCUACGAAGCAGAGCUGAGAGAGAAUGCUGCUGUGGGAACCAAAGUAAUACAGGUAAAGGCAACAGAUGCAGACCCUGGUGUCUAUGGUCAAGUUACGUAUUCCUUUGUCAGCGACGUUGGCAAGUACCAAUUCAGCAUUGAUACAAGUGGCAAAAUCACCACAGUGGAAAAGCUUGAUCGUGAGGAUCCUGCAAACAAAGACAUUGUAUUAACAGUGCUAGCCCAAGACUCAGGUGGACAUGGAUCUUACUGUACAGUACGAGUUACACUUUUGGAUGACAAUGACAAUACACCCCAUUUUGGUGCAACUGAAUACAGAGCUUCUGUCAAAUCUGAUGUGGCAGCAGGUUUUUUUGUGAUACAGAUACAGGCCAGUGAUCCUGAUGAUGGGCCCAAUGCCAGAGUGACAUAUUCCCUCUACAGUGAGGCACACGUCCCUGUGGCAGACAUUUUGGAGAUUGACCCAGAAAAUGGCUGGAUGGUUACAAAAGGAAGCUUUAGUCACUUGAGGAACUCUGUGUUAUCUUUUUUUGUCAAAGCUGUAGAUGGUGGAAACCCAGUUCGCCACUCUUUAGUGUCUGUUUACAUCCAUGUUCUUUCUCCAGAUGGCAUUAUUCCCUCAUUUGGGCAACACAAGUACUCAUUCAGCAUGUCAGAGGAUACACCAAUAGGCUAUGCUAUAGGUAUGGUGCGCCUUAACAAUCCUCCUGGAUAUGACACUCUUACAUCUACAUUUUCUCUGAUUAAUGGAGAGAGUGGAGAAAACAACCAAGAUGUGGUAUUUGUGAUAGAUAAAGAUACAGGUGUGAUCAAAAUUGAUAAGCUCUUGGACCAUGAGUUUAUUAAAGAAUACCACUUCAAAGUUAUUGCCACUGUACAACAGAGCAAGCUGGAUUCUGUAACUUCCGUUGAUGUUGAUGUUAAAGUAGUGGACUUAAAUGACAACAAGCCAUCCUUUGAGACCACCUCUUAUGAAGCCACUGUUUUAGAAGGAGUGCCAAUUGGCACCAAAAUUAUUCAGGUCCAAGCUCAUGACUUGGACUCAGCUGCCAAUGGACAAGUAACAUACAGUCUUGGGGCCUUGAUUCAUUCUGAGCGUGAGUCAGAUGAACUGAUUGGAAUGUUCAGUGUUGACAGCAACACAGGCUGGAUUUCAUCCCGGAAGAACGUGGACCAUGAGUCCAAUCCAUCAUACACCUUCACAGUGAUUGCCUCGGAUCUAGGGGAGGCAAUAUCUCUUUCCAGUACCACCACUGUUACAGUGGCAGUAUCGGAUAUCAACGACAACCCACCCGUUUUCCUGGAGCAACGCUAUAUUGGCACAGUUAAGGAGAGUGACCCACCAGGAGAAGUGGUUGCUGUGCUGAACACUCGAGACAACGACAGUUCUGCGAUUAACCGACAAGUCAGCUACCACAUAACCGGUGGAAACCAUCGUGGUGUGUUUGCACUGGGCCUGGUUCAGGGUGAAUGGAAAAUGUAUGUGAAAGGGCCACUGGACAGAGAGGAACGCAACCUUUACAUUAUAAAUGUCACUUCAAGUGACGGACUAUUUGUUUCCCAAGCAACCGUAGAGGUCACAGUGACGGAUGCCAAUGAUAACAACCCUGUUUGUGACCAGGCACGCUAUACUGCAUUCAUUCCAGAGAAUUUCCCAGUGAAUAGUGUACUGCUCCAGGUUGGUGCUACUGAUGCAGAUGUAGGCAUCAAUGCCUGGAUCCAAUAUUCCUUACAUGGUCGUGGAUCUCAUGACUUCAGUAUUGACCCAGACACGGGUGAGGUCAAGUCUGCUGUAACUCUGGACCGGGAGAUGACAUCCAGCUACUGGCUGGUCGCCCAGGCAACUGAUGGUGGUGGACGGUGGUGCCGUGCCGAGGUGCAGUUGGAAGUGACGGAUGUGAAUGACAACCCACCUAUCUUUACACUUCAACAGUAUACAGCAAGUGUUUAUGAAGACACUGCCACUAAAGCCCUUCUCACCCGUAUCCAAGCCAUAGACCCCGAUGAAGCUGGUCCAGGACGUGCUGUUGUGUACUCUUUAGCAGACUCUGCCGAAGGAUCCUUCUCUAUCGACAAGUCGUCAGGCAUCAUCGUCCUUGAACGCAUCCUGGAUCGUGAGAUUCAGCCAUCAUAUCAGAUAACAGUCCGUGCAUCGGAUCAGGGCUUGCCUGUGCCCCUCUCUUCAUUGAUCAAUGUUACAAUCACUGUGCUGGACAUAAACGACAACCCGCCAGUGUUUGAGCGUCGUGAUAGGCUGGUGACCAUCCCAGAGGACGUGGGAGUGGGCACCAAGAUUCUCACAGUGUAUGCAGCCAGCAAGGACAUAGGGACCAAUGCUGAGAUUACUUAUAGUAUUCGAUCUGGAAAUGAGCAUGGGAAAUUCAGUAUCCAUCCUCUCACUGGUGUCAUUACAGUUGCUGAAUCUCUGGACUAUGAAACAUGCAGGGACUACUUCUUAACAGUGGAGGCUCGAGAUGGGGGUACGCCUCCACUGAGUGCCAUUACCACGGUAAACAUAAACCUAACAGAUGUCAACGACAACGGCCCUAUGUUCAGCCGUGACCUUUACACUGCUGUUGUGUCGGAGGAUGCCACAAUUGGAGAGUCGAUUCUUCAGCUGGUAGCAGAGGAUAUGGACAGCCUGCUGAAUGGAGAAAUUCUCUAUUCCAUUGUGAGUGGGGACCGAGACAACCAGUUCUUCAUUGACCCACUCAGCGGGAUCAUCAGUGUCAACAAGCAUUUGGACCGUGAGACAGUUCCAAGCUACUCAUUGGCCAUCAGAGCUCUGGACAGUGGAAUCCCACCCAUGUCAUCUACUGUUACGGUCAACAUAGACAUCUCCGACAUCAAUGACAACCCACCCACCUUCUUGCCAGCCAACCUUACGACUGUCAUCCAGGAAAACAAGCCCAUCGGUACCAGCAUCAUCCAGCUGUCUGUCAUCGACCUCGACUCCUCGCGCAAUGGCCCGCCAUUUGAUUUCCGCAUCUUGUCUGGAAAUGAGGGAGGCGAGUUUGUGCUGGAGCAAGAUGGAACACUAGUGGCCAGUCAAGUGUUCAGGAGGGACUUGGCAACCAAAUAUGUUAUUCACAUACAGGUGACAGACUCUGGCAGGCCUCGCCUGUCCUCCUCUUCAAUGCUGACAGUCAGGGUGAUUGAAGAAAGCGUACACAGACCUGUCGCUCUUCCACUAGAGGUCCAUAUUGUCACCAUGGAAGAUGAGUUUCCCGGUGGUGUCAUUGGCAAGUUGCAUGCCACAGAUGCUGACCCCUAUGAUGCCUUGACAUUUGGUCAUGCUCCGCCAGUCCACCGCAGUCUCUUCAAAAUCAGCCCUCGUGACGGAAAGAUCAUCGCCCUGGGAGGAUUGGACGCAGGUAGAUACUCCCUUAACGCCAGUGUUAGUGAUGGGCGAUUUGCUGUCCCCGUGCCUGUCAGUGUGCACGUCGAGCAGGCCACUCCUGACAUGCUGCGUGAAGCUGUGACAGUUCGCUUUGAGAGUGUAACACCACAAGACUUUGUAUCCUCACACUUGAAGACAGUCCUGAAGGUGCUGCAGCAGGCUACCACCUCACAGCAGCGCGACACUCUACACCUGCUCAGUCUGCAACCGGUUGGCGGGACUCAGCAGCUGGAUAUGCUUGUUGCCGUGCAAACAGCUGAGGGUGGCUACUAUAAGGCCGCUUACCUCACUCAGAAACUUAGUGCUUCUCGGCGGCGACUAGAGGAAGUCCUCAAGGUUUCAGCCAUCCUGGAUAAAAACUGCUCAGGGCUGGAUUGUCGCGGAGCGCAGUGUGAACAAAGCAUCAUCUUGGAUUCACACAACCUGGCGACGUACAGCACACCACGAGUCAGCUUUGUCUCACCGCGCUUUCAUCGAACCUCACGCUGCACAUGCACUGACGUCAACUGCGCUGUAUUGUCAGAACAAUGUGAAGACCAGCCAUGUCCAGCAGACAUGCAGUGUGUUUCAGUGGACGUCACCAGAGGGCGCUUUGCAUGUCAGUGCCCACCGGGAAAACUUGGAGAGUGCGCAGGUCACUCGUCACUGAGUUUUUCAGGUAACAGCUACAUUAAAUACCAGCUCUCAGAGCGACUUCAAACAGAACUGAAGCUCAGCCUGAGAAUAAGAACACUGCAGACGAGAGGAAUCAUCAUGUACACUCAUAGUGAGCCUUGCACCAUGCUCAAGCUGGACGAGGGAAAGCUGUGGUUCCAGCUCACCUGCGUACCCGGCGACGGACACGGUGACCGUGCCCACAUGUUGGGGAUCUCUGGCCGUCGAGUCAACGAUGGCAGCUGGCACACAGUGACACUGGAGCUCAACCGCAACUUUAGCAGUCUGUCUCUGGAUGACAGCUACGUGGAGGGGCGCAGUGGACCAGCAUACAUGCAACCUCUUGCUUCAGACAGAACCAUCUACUUUGGAGCACUGGUGCAGCAUCCCACCUCACGCAGCCUCAUAGACUCCCAGAAGGACACAAAGGCGAUUGAGGGCUUCCAGGGCUGCCUGGACUCAGUCAUGCUGAACAACAAUGAGCUGCCACUGCAGAACAAGCGCUCACACUAUGCUGAAGUGGUUGGACUGACAGAGCUGAAGCUGGGGUGCAUCCUCUUCCCUGAUGCCUGCCUGCAGCAGCCGUGUCGCAAUGGAGGAAGCUGCAUCAGUCUGUCCUCUGGUGGAUUCUCGUGCAUCUGUAACCGCCUGUACACCGGAGGGCGCUGUGAGAUAGAGAUAACCGCAUGUGUUCCCAAUCCGUGCAGGAAUGGUGGCGUGUGUAAGGCCAUUGGCAAUGCUUUCCUAUGCAGCUGUAGAAGAGGCUUUAAGGGUCUAACAUGUGAAAAGGAUGUGAAUGAAUGUGACCACAGCAAUCCUGAGGGCGAGUGUGAGAACGGCGGUACCUGUGUCAACACUCACGGAUCCUUCUACUGUAACUGCACAGCCGGCUUUGUGGGCCAGCGUUGCAGCUUGCGGCCUGUCGUCGUCCCCGACAUGCAAGCGGGGCAUGCGGUGGUUGGAAAGGAGGAAGUGAUUGGCAUUGCUGUGGUGCUAUUCGUCAUGACCACCCUCAUCGUCCUUUUCAUUGCUUUCCGUAAGAAGGUCUUCCAAAAGAGCUACUCGCGAAACAACUUGUCUCUGGUCCAGGACCCCGCUACAGCAGCCCUGCUCAACAAAGCCAAUGGUCUACAGUUUAAGACCCUGCAUUCCACAGCAGGAGACCCUAUCAACCUUUAUUCAGAGACCGGGCUGGGGCCCACUGUGAUGGGAGCAGGCGGGAUGAUGGGCCCUCCGCAGGUCCCCGUGAGGCCUAUGGGGUACACACCUUGUUUCCAGGGUGACCCACAGUCCACACUAGAGAAGAUGGUGGACGGACGCACGGUGGAGCAUACAGAGAUGAGCACCUUUCACCCGGAGUCACAGAGGAUUCUCUCAGGGACCAACAGGAAAGGGAUUGUUGUGUGCAGCGUGGCCCCAAACCUUCCUCCAGUUUCUCCCUGUCGAUCAGACUGUGACUCUAUACAAAAGAGCCCAUGGGACAGUGAUGAGGGUAAGAUGAUGGAUAUAGCAGAGGAAGUAACAUGUCUCUCAGGGAGCAACAGGGGCAGUAACUCGGAGGUCCAGUCGCUGAGCUCCUUCCAGUCUGACUCUUGUGAUGACAAUGCCUCCAUCGUGACCGUCAUUCGGCUGGUCAAUGACGCAGUCGACACAAUCGAAAGUGAAGUCAUGGACCAAAGUCAUAACUACAAUAGAGCAUACCACUGGGACACAUCAGACUGGAUGCCGAGCACCAGGUUGUCAGACAUUGAGGAGGUCCCGAGCCACAAAUCACGUAGCAGAGGCAACGUAGCAGCACCGCUCGGAGGAAGUACCCGGGAAUUAGAGUCAGACUACUAUCUGGGGGGCUACGACGUUGACAGUGACUACCCUCCUCCCCACGAAGAAGAGUUUUUCAGCCAAGACCAGCUGCCUCCUCCAUUACCCGGUGGAGAAGACUAUGCAGAGCCCGAUGCACUGCUAACUGCCAACCUCCCGGUUUCUAAGGAGAGCACCUUGAGUUCUGUCAGCACUGGACCUCAGCAUGGCAGGCCUCAUUUCCACCCUAGUCAAUACCUCCCUCCCCACCAUCUUCCCAUGGCGGAGGCAGUGCUCGGGGACUUUAGUACUUCGCCGUGUGGGGUUACCUCAAAAAAUGUAGACAGUGACGACUCUGUGUCUCUGAACAUGUGCCUGUCAAUCAGAGCAUCAUCAGCGUCGGACGCAUCGGGCCCCAGUGGGCUGGAUUAUUCUGAACACGGCGGCAAGCUGGACAGUAUGGACGAGCUGCAUCAAGGCGUCACCAUCAUCACGGAUCUGCAGCAACAAACAGAAGUGUGAUUGAUUGUCAAGCAAAGUCUCGCGGACAAGAAGGACAUCAUUCAUUAAUGCAGCAGUUCCAUUCAAUGAAAAAUUAAGUAUGAAAAAGUGUUAUUUAUGAAAAGUUGGUGUUUUUACACGCCAAAUAAAUAAUGUCCCCAACAGUCCUUUUCUUGACAUGCAGGAAAGCAAGAAGUACCCUUUCUGUUUCAUGCAGGAAGUCAUAUUUCAUGUCAGAAGAACUGGUUAGAGAAUGUGAAAAAGAAAGAUGGAUCCGCAAGUGGAUCAGGUUUAGACGUGUCAUGGAGAAAUAGUAAACACAGAAAGGACUACCGUGCAAGUGACAAGGUGGUUUGUUUUCCUGCUGACUCGCAGACGCCAAAGGAGUACUUCUUUCUUGAAACGCAGCAUUUUCCCGACAAAUUUUAAGUGCUUGUACAAAUCUUGUUUAACUCGUAACCCAAAAUCGGGUAUGAAGAAACUUCUGGCAACGUUUGUGAAAGUAUAUCGUGUGGAAUGUAACCCCUUAAACCUUGACAAGUAUUGUAUGAAAGCUAAGGGCUGCUGUUGUUGCUGAUAUAUUGUAUCGUCUGUUAAGUCCCAUUCUUCGGGUCACACCCCCCCGAUUAUAAAAGACAGUAUGAUGCUGUAUGAACCUACCAAUAGAGUCACUUCUCUUGGUUAUGUUGACUAGGCUCCAUGAAAAUGAUGACUUUUUUACGUCCACCUACACUCCUGAUCCAAAUUUUAAGACCAGUUGAAAAAUUGCAAGAAUUUAUGUUUUGCACUGUUGGAUCUUAAGGAGGUCCGAAGCAGAGCUUCAAAAUGGGAGUGAGACAAAAAGCAUUUUUGAGUAAGCAAUUUAUUGCAAACAAGCAUGAAAGUGAAAUGGGCUGUUCAUCAGCUGAUCAACCGUUUAAGACCGUGGCUCAAAAAAAAACAGAAAACUCUCCUAAAAUAGAACUAAAAUGUUCAAAAAAGGGGGUAAUGAGUAGCUGUUCCACUCUUGUUCUUGUGUGGGCAUGCUUGAUGCCAGUGUUUCCAGGACUGGUGGGAAUGUUGCUCCAGGUGGUGAAGAUGGCGUCACGGAGGGCAUCCACUGUCUGGAACUGAUGUUCAUCUUUGUAAACUUCCCUCGCCAUCCAUCCCCAAAUGCUCUCAAUUGGGUUUAGAUCAGGGGAACGUGCAGCAUGAUCCAAAAGAGUGAGCUUAUUCCCCUGGAAGAAGUCCUUUGUGAGGUGGGCAUUGUGAAAAAGCCAGUCAUUAC